UACACAGUCCUGGAGAUCGCUGCAUCAGAUUCCAUUCCACUGGUGUUAUGGAGAUAUCAUUGUUAAAGAUGCUUGUUAAUGGCAUAUCCUCGUUUCUGAAUUUAUCGUUUUCUGGAAACGUCAACUCGGAACCCAUCUCAAAGUAUUACCAAAAGGCAGAGGAGAUACUUAGGCUGUUGAAGCCAAUUAUUGAUGCAAUUGCUCAUUCUGAGUUAGCUUCUGAUGAAGUGCUUAGUAAGAUAUUUGAAGAACUCGGUCAUGCAGUUGAUGAAUUAAGGGAGCAUAUUGAGAACUGGCACCUGUUGUCCAGCAAAGUUUACUUUGCUAUGCAAGUUGAACCCUUGAUAUCUAGGAUAAGGACUUUGGGGCUCAAUAUUUUCCAGCAGCUGAAGGUUUCUCAGCAAUGUCUCCCCGAUGAAUUGAGUUCUGAUCAUCUGGAGCAUUGUGUUCAGAAACUUAAGCAUUUGGGACAUGAAGAAGUAUCAGCAGUCAUUAAGGAAGCUAUUACUGAACAACGGGAAGGUUUAGGACCCAGUUCAGAGGUCCUGGCAAAAAUUGCUGAUAGCCUAGGUCUAAAGUCUAAUCAGGAGGUUCUGAUUGAGGCUGUGGCCCUUGAAAAAUUGAAGGAGAAUGCUGAGCAAACUGAAAAGACUGCAGAAGCUGAAUAUAUUGAUCAAAUGAUCGCUGUUGUAACACGUAUGCAUGAGCGGCUUAGUAUGCUUAAGCAAGCUGAGAGUAGCAGCCCAGUUCCAGUACCUGCUGAUUUUUGUUGUCCUCUCUCUUUGGAGUUGAUGACUGAUCCAGUGAUUGUGGCAUCAGGACAAACCUAUGAGCGGGCUUUCAUUAGGAACUGGAUUGAUCUUGGACUUACUGUUUGUCCGAAGACUCGGCAGGCACUAGCUCAUACCAACCUAAUACCUAACUACACUGUAAAAGCACUAAUUGCAACUUGGUGUGAGUCAAACAAUGUGAAACUGGUUGAGCCCUCGAAGUCCACUAGUUUAAAUCAAGCAUCUGUCAUUCAGGGGUAUAUGGAGUCUGGUACAACCAGGGACUCACCUGUCUUUUCUCAUUCCAGGGGCAACCAGCCAUCCUCACCUGAGUCGGUGCGUUCUCAUUCUUUUAGUUCACCAGGUAAUAACAUAACUUCUGCUGGAAUCCAGCGAGAGGGAACAUCACCAUUGCAUCCCCGUUCAAUUUCUGAAGGUUCCUUAAGUGGUAUGGUUAAUGGGCAGCAUAUGGAUCUUGCUGGAGCAGGUUUAGAUGACAGGUCUGCUAGCUCAGAUGAAAGCAGUGUGGAUUCAGUUGGCCAACCCUCAAUGUCGCCAUCUAAAAGGGAAUCGUCUGGUGCCUUUAUCCCUGACCAAGCCCAAGCCCAUGUUAGAACUAUUUCUUACUCCAGUGCACUUUCUAGUGGAAAUUUCCCCCAAGAAACACCAGGUGAUGAUAAUAGUUCUCCUCAGUUGUCAAGCAGUCCAGCAUACAGUAGAGAUGUUUCAGGUGAAUUAAAUCCCGGCCCAGAUUCUGCUAGUGCUGCUACUGUUCCAUCUUCACAUAGAGAACCAGAGUUCCCACCUCGAUCGGAGACAAGGUCCCGAACAUCCUUGUGGCAGCGACCAUCCCAGAGGCUUGUUCCUAGGAUGGCAUCCUCUCCUGCUGCUGAAACUAGAGCUGAUCUUUCUGCUAUUGAAUCCCAGGUUCGGAAGUUGGUUGAGGGCUUGAAGAGCACCAAUAUUGAUACUCAGAGAGAGGCAACAGUAGAAAUUCGGCUUCUUGCCAAGCAUAAUAUGGAUAAUCGAAUUGCAAUUGCAAACUGUGGAGCCAUUACCAUAUUAGUUGAGUUACUCAGAUCACCAGAUACAAGGAUCCAGGAAAAUGCUGUUACUGCACUUCUGAACUUAUCAAUCAAUGACAAUAACAAAAGUGCAAUAGCAAAUGCUGGUGCAAUUGAACCUCUGAUUCAUGUGCUGAAGACAGGGAGCCCAGAAGCCAAGGAGAAUUCUGCUGCCACUCUAUUCAGCUUAUCAGUGAUUGAGGAAAACAAAAUUAGCAUUGGUAGGUCGGGGGCUAUUGGACCGUUGGUUGAUCUAUUAGGGAAUGGAACCCCUAGGGGUAAGAAAGACGCAGCCACUGCUUUGUUUAAUUUGUCAAUAUUUCAUGAAAACAAGAAUCGAAUUGUGCAAGCUGGUGCCGUGAAGCACCUUGUGGAGUUAAUGGACCCUGCUGCCGGAAUGGUUGAUAAGGCAGUGGCAGUCUUAGCAAAUCUGGCCACAAUUCAAGAAGGAAGAGUUGCUAUUGGUCAGGAAGGUGGGAUUCCUGUUUUGGUCGAGGUUGUCGAGUUGGGCUCUGCAAGAGGAAAAGAGAAUGCAGCAGCAGCUCUUCUGCAUCUAUGCUUACAUAGCAACAGAUUCUUAAGCAUGGUGCUUCAGGAAGGAGCUGUCCCACCAUUAGUCGCAUUAUCACAGUCAGGUACUGCGAGGGCCAAAGAAAAGGCCCAGGCUCUCCUCAAUCAAUUUAGAAGUCAGAGACAUAAUGCGGGGAGGGGCUGAUUUUGAAUCCCCAAGCUGUUGUACCAUCCAAAGGUUUUGAAUUAACUUUUUAUAGUACUUCUCUAAUUUAUGCAUUAUUACAUGGUGCAAAUAAUGUGUGUAAAGGUGUUUUGCAUUAUUGUUUCACUUGCUUGUAAAGGGGAAAAAAUGUUAUUUAUGGGGGGCACGAUUUGAUUGUUUCCUCUAACGGAAAACCUUUUUCUGUGUUGUGAAGAAAAUUUAUACAUGUAAGUCUAGCUUUUGUUUUUAACAAAGAGAAUGUCUGGCUUCUGUUGCUGGCAUAGGGCGAGAGAUGUCCGUGGACAAAUAAUUUUGUUUUAUUUAGGGUUUAACUGCCCCAUAAUGUAUGGUAUCAACUAUCAAUAUCAAAAUUUUUUCAUGUUGGCAUAUGUAAAUGUGGCUCUUACUGUUGUAAUAAUUCAAUUGUGUUGUAUUGUUGAACUGUUCAUAUUCCUCCACUUUAUCAAUGAAUCAGAAGAUUUUA